UUGUUACCUAACAAAGGGCCCCUCCCCGGCUGCUCUUCUGGAACCUUCUCCUUCAGUCGGAGUCCGGCGCCAUCGAGAGAGGAGCGACUUGGCGGCGGCUGUCGACCGAGGGGCCUCUCCGAAGGCGUUUUGUGGCUCGGGUCUCCUUUCUCUCUUGCGGCGCUUUUCGCUUUACGUUUUAUCUGCCUCCCUUCAUGGCGCUGACCAGCGGAGCCGAGCCUUCGCCUCAGAGCCAGGAGCCCUCCCCCGGCUUCCAGGGCCCACAACACUCCCAUGGCAAUCCUGAGCAGAAUGGGGCUUCAGCAGCACCUGGCAAAGUAGUCGUAUCUGGCCAGCAGAGAACAGAAAGCACAGGUUCCAGAAAUGAUCAGAAUGAGAGAGCUAGCAAGAAGACAGAUGAGAUGACAGACUUCAUGGAUGAUUUGACUUUGACUUCACCAGAAGAGAGGUCUCGUUCAAGCUCAAGGAGCAGUUGUAGUGGGAGAUCCUCCUCAAGAUCAUCUAGCAGGUCCUCUUGCAGUUCAAGAUCCAGUUCAAGCACUUCAUCUUCCUCAAGAAGCUGGAGUCGUUCUAGCAGCAGGUCAAGAUCACGUCCAAAAAGGAAUUGUUCUCGGAGGAACAGAAGAUACUCAAGAUCUUAUUCCAGGAGUCGCUCAAGAUCCCUCAGCUACAGAUACAGGGAAAGGUACCAUCCUAGAUACUGCAGCAGGAGAUACCGUCGCUCUCCUCCAAGAUACAGAUCACGCAGCCGUUCUCCUCGAAGAUCAUACUAUAGGAGGUCUUACUCCAGAAGCAGAUCAAGAAGCCGAAGAUACUAUGGAUUUGGAAGAACCAUAUAUCCCGAGGCUUAUAGAAGUUGGAGAAGCCGUUCGCGAUCAAGGUCUCGCAGUAGAACUCCUCUGCGCUUGACUGAAAAAGAAAAGAGAGAACUACUGGAAAUAGCAAAAGCGAAUGCAGCCAAAACCUUUGGAACAGACAUAGCUUUGCCAGCCAGCUUGAAAAUUGCUACAAAAUCAAAUGAAAUUGAAAAUGGAAAGCCAAAAGAUAGCAUGGGGACUGAGAAAACAGUGGCAAAGUCUGCAACCCUGAAGCCUGCAAAUGUUCCUUUUAAAGAGACUGCAGGGUCUCCAGGAAGAGAAGAGAAAAAGCAAAGCCCAUCUGGGCAAUGGAUUCCUGUUAAGAAUGAGGAAAAAGUUCUAUUCCAUAACUUCUCACCUAAAAGCACAUCCUUUAGAGCACGUUAAUAUUUGUGUUCUGUUAAUUGAGGCAUUAUAAGACCUAAUACUCUCAGAAUUCAGGGUUUAAAUGCAGAAAACGCAAACUUUUAAUUUGUGAUGAGGUUUGUUUUCCAGAUAUAGAAUGGAGUUCAGAAAACAGAAGUAGAAAUUUGUGUUUCUUUACCUUUCUGUUAUUGUAGUGGAUUAAAUUACAGGUGGGUAAUCUUCUAAGUGUGUGUCAUGUGGCAUUCAGUGUUUUGAUGUCUGCACCUCAAAUAUUACAAAUCAACCUAUGUUUUGUAAACUUUCAAUAUUUGAGUCAGCGCUUUAAGCAAUGUGAUUUAUGGCUCUUGGUGGUAAUUCAGUUGUCUUAUGUAGUUGCCCUUACUUCCUUUUAACCUUAAUGCUGCCAUACUUUGCAAAUGGCGUAAAGCCAAUUUUUUUUUAAAAAGUCACGUUAGUUCUUUAAAUAUUUACUCUUGCUUACUGUCUUGUUAUAGAAUCUGCAUAAUUACUUCUGAUGCAGCUUAAAAGCAUUUGCAGUGUCACACAUGAAGCUCUGAGCCAACUGUGCAUGUUGCACAUAUAAUUGUCAUUAGGGAAAAGCUUGUUCUUAGAACUUGAAAUCAAAGAUGUUUUUCAUUAGAUUUUUGCCCAAAGGUGUAUUAUGUUGUAACACAGACUUCAGAAGGACCAUUUGAGGCUGAGUGUAGCAGACCACAAGCAGAAAAGGCAGCUUUGGAGCAAGAUUAGUUAAAAUUGUCAAUUUAGCUCUCUGGAGAUUAGACAUUAGAAAAUCCAUAGGCUGUAUAGAGCUGUUAUUCCCGUUAAGUGUGGUUGAUUUGUAUGACAUUUAAGGAGAGUACUGGAGCAUGUAACCUGGUUCAAAAGCUAGCAUCAAGGAGCAUUUUGUACAACUAGCAUCUUUCAUUAAGUUUCCAUAAAGACUGGAGUAUAUGUAUAAAAAGAUCUUGAAAUAAACCGAUUCUCAUUA